AUGGGACUGUCAGCAAUGGAGACGUUAUUUCUUCUCCUGUUUGGACUGAUGGCCGUUAAUGCUGUUGAUACAGACGAAUGUGCCGACCUGACACACAACUGUCACAGCAGCGCCACCUGCCACAACACGGACGGAUCCUUUAACUGCAGCUGUAACCUGGGUUUCCAUGGAAACGGGACGUUCUGUCAAGAUACAGACGAGUGUGCCAAUCUGACACACAACUGUCACAGCAACGCCACCUGCCACAACACGGACGGAUCCUUUAACUGCAGCUGUAACCUGGGUUUCCAUGGAAACGGGACGUUCUGUCAAGAUACAGACGAAUGUGCCGACCUGACACACAACUGUCACAGCAGCGCCACCUGCCGCAACACGGACGGAUCCUUUAACUGCAGCUGUAACCUGGGUUUCCAUGGAGACGGGACGUAUUGUUCAGACGUUGAUGAAUGUUUGAACAGCACCUGGAAUGACUGUCACGUGAAAGCCACGUGCCUGAACACUGACGGGUCGUUCUCCUGCAGCUGUGUGAACGGUUACUAUGGCAACGGGACGUUCUGUCAAGAUACAGACGAAUGUGCCGACCUGACACACAACUGUCACAGCAGCGCCACCUGCCACAACACGGACGGAUCCUUUAACUGCAGCUGUAACCUGGGUUUCCAUGGAAACGGCACGCACUGUUCAGAUAUCGACGAAUGUUUGAACAGCACCUGGAAUGACUGUCACGUGAAAGCCACGUGCCUGAACACUGACGGGUCGUUCUACUGUAGCUGUGUGAACGGUUACUAUGGCAACGGGACUUUCUGUCAAGAUACAGACGAAUGUGCCGACCUGACACACAACUGUCACAGCAGCGCCACCUGCCACAACACGGAGGGAUCCUUUAACUGCAGCUGUAACCUGGGUUUCCAUGGAAACGGCACGAGCUGUUCAGAUACAGACGAAUGUGCCAACCUGACACACAACUGUCACAGCAGCGCCACCUGCCACAACACGGACGGAUCCUUUAACUGCAGCUGUAACCUGGGUUUCCAUGGAAACGGGACGUUCUGUUCAGAUACAGACGAAUGUGCCGACCUGACACACAACUGUCACAGCAGCGCCACCUGCCACAACACGGACGGAUCCUUUAACUGCAGCUGUAACCUGGGUUUCCAUGGAAACGGCACGAGCUGUUCAGAUACAGACGAGUGUGCCAACCUGACACACAACUGUCACAGCAGCGCCACCUGCCACAACACGGACGGAUCCUUUAACUGCAGCUGUAAUUACGGUCUCCAAGGAAACGGGACAUACUGCACGGACAUAUGCGCCAGUGGAUGGAGGUAUUAUGAAGACUCGUGCUAUCUGCUCUCAGCGGACCUGGAGGGUGUCUACUCCCGUCAAGGGCACGAGUCUAUAACCUGGGAACAAGCUCGGGUCACGUGCCAAGCCCUCCAGGGAGACCUCGCCAUAGCACCAACCACUGAGGAACAGGAAUGGAUCACAAACCAGGCUGGCCAGGACAUCUGGGUUGGUGCCGACGACUUGCAGGUUUGGAUCGACGGUACAAACAUGAACGAGAGUAGUGUAACAUCCUACAAUUCUGGCCAGUGUAUAGCGACGGACGCUAGUGGCUUGAAGGGGAAAGACUGUGACAGCAGGACGAUGUACAUGUGUGAACGACCACCUGAUCCGGCUCCCUACAGAACACUUGGGUGCUGGAGGGACCCGGAUGGACUGGCCAUACUAUCCCUGGAGGGACAUGAUGGCGUCCUCCUGGACGACUACAAAACCCGCGCAGACGCGGUGGAGAAGUGCUACCAGGCUGCUCGGCGGAACGGUUACCGCGUGUUCGGACUCCAAGAUGGCGGCCUCUGCGGCUCCUCCGACGUCGCACACCUGACGUACCAGACCUACGGACGGUCAUCUGUCUGUCAGGUGGACGGGGAGGGCGGGGUUGGAGCAAAGGAAGUCUAUAAAGACAUAGAUGGCUCCCCGGCUGACUGUGACUUUGACAUCAACAUCUGUCAGUACACACAAGUUACCACGAACAACAACAUUAACUGGCAGCAAACAGCAGGUCCCACCGAUUCCUCAUCCACUGGGCCUGCAGCAGACAGCACCACCGGAUUCGGAUCGUACAUCCAUAUUGAGGCAUCGGAUGCAGUACAGAACGACGUGGCGAGCCUGGAGUCAGGGGUGGUGUACCCGGAUGGAGCCCGUCAAAAGAGCUGUCUGUCGUGGCGCUACCACAUGUACGGCUCCGGGACGGGAACACUGCGGGUUCUCACAAAGCAGCAGGGGACAGUCCCGAGGCAAGUCUGGCAGGAGUCUGGGGAUCAAGGCGAUUCGUGGCUGUCCAAGGCGCUCACCAUACACACCACUGAUCCGCUACAGAUCAUGUUUGAGGGUACUCGAGGGAGUAGUGAAUAUGGUGACAUCGCCCUUGAUGACGUAGUGUUAACAGCUGGAGCUUGUAGAGACUGCCUUGAGGUCCCCACCCAGCUGCAGUUCUGUAAGUCCGUGAAUCAGUACUCCCGCAUCUUUUUGCCAAACGCGUACGGCCAUGCUACGAUGGACGAGGUCAUCGCCUCAGAUGAGUACAGAGCAACCCUUUCUCUCAGCAAUGACCGCAACGCCACGUGCCAUCCUGACGGACUGGCAUUUGCGUGUUACCUUCUGGCCCCGAUGUGCAUUGAUGUCAGAAAUGUACAGCCUUCUGCUACGUUGAGGGAGAUGUGCUGGUCGUGGUGUCGGGAGAUUGUGGACACCAGCCAAAAUUGCAUCUCUAUGAAUACAGAAGCGAAGGCCAUGUUUCUGGCUGAACACUGUGAUGGUCUGUCCAACACGGACUGCUAUCACACGGAAAGAACUCUGAGCAAAGAGGCCGCCCUGGGUUACAGCCAGUUCCAAGGCGUGUGGUACAAGGUGUUUGACGAGAGGAAGACAUACGCAGAUUCCCUCCAGACGUGUAGCCGAGACGGGGGCACGCUGGCCAUGCCUAAAUCUGCCGACAUCAACCAGUUCCUCAUCAACCUCAUCACCGACACUGCAGCGCAGCCGGAUGAAGUCUACAGGUUUGGACUGUCGGAGCCUGAUGAGGGCGGUGCAUGGAUGUGGGCAGACGGAGCGAUCCUCGGCGUCUUCAGCAGCUGGAUAGUCUCGGACACAGCCAUCAAGGGCUGCGCCAACUAUGUCGACGCGACCAAACUUAACACAACCGUGCAGUCCAGGUGGUCAGCUACGUGGUCUGCCUCUCCAUGCGAGACUUUAGCCAGUUUCAUUUGUCAAGUGGAGAUGACAGAUUGCUUUUACGGACAUGGCCACGACUACAGUGGAACGGCCGAGAUCACAGAGAGGGGAGAGAUGUGCGCGAGCUGGGAAACCGUGAAGGACAAGGUCACUGCCAGUCAUCGCGUGAAUCUGCAUUUCGGCCGGUUUGACCUGAGUCCUGGCGAGUCCGGGUUCUGCCAGGGAGGUCGGGUACACGUCAUGGAUGGGUCCUGGCCUGACGGCAAAUUUGACAUCAUUGGUUGCCAAGCAGUUCCUGACAAUAUCAAGGAGACAUGUCCCGCCUCUGCCUACACCACCUUCCCAAAUCAUCACCGUCACCUGGACUUUGACGCUAUUGUCAACUCAGAAGAAUACAACACAACCAGGACACUCUCAAAUAAACAAUGUCAUGAGCAGAUCGGUGAGUUCCUGUGCUACAUGGUAGUCAGCCCAUGUUCCGGAAGCAAGUACGCCCCCUGCCGGUCUUGGUGUGAGGAACUGAAGCUGACGUGUGAGCAGGAGCUGGACUGGACAGCCGUUCUGCCAGAGUGUUCAACAUUUCCCUCCCAGCACUGUUACCCUGGGCCAAUAUCACCAGACUGCUACCGAGGAAAGGGACUGAACUACAGAGGAACUGUGGACGUAACAGUCACCGGGCGUCUCUGCCUGCCGUGGAACACGCGAGCGUAUGAGGUGGGGGCCUACUCAUGGGCCAACCUGGAGCAGAACUACUGCCGCAACCCUGAUGGCGCCGAGAGGCCCUGGUGUAGUGUAGAUGCCACAGGCAGAUGGGAGUAUUGUGAUAUACCUCCUUGUGACAACCAAGUCUGCCAGGACCGUGGUGCUCAGCGACGCGUGCUUCGCGAGCCUGUCCGAACCUUCUACUGGCCCGGAGAGAAGGUGACGUACAGCUGUGAGGGAGGGUACAGCCUGCGUGGAGCUCCUGAGAUCAAAUGUAGCCACGAGGCAGAGUGGGAACUGGACUUACCCACAUGCAUAGAGGAUCCGAGGACAAGGCUGUUGGUUGAUAAGUUUGAGAAAGGCUCAAUAAGUCCGAACCUGCCGCCACCUGGCGGGAACGGACUGAACAUCACCGUGGCCGCCAGCAUUGAUGACAUCAUUGACCUGGAUGAGCCAGGAGAGUCUAUCACAACAGCAACCCGCAUAGAUCUGAAAUGGUCUGACAUCCGGCUGAAAUGGGUAAACUCCCUGUACGAUCUCACAAAGGUUUUUGUGGAACAUGACAAAAUCUGGAAACCAAAAAUUAAGCUACGCGGAAGCGCUGAUAAGGAAUUUACGGGAUUUCCCAAGGACGACCUUGAGAUGGCUCACACAGGCGAGGUGACCUGGACCAUGGAGACCAUCCUCGUCACCACCUGUAUCCUGGACCACUUCCUCUUCCCGUUCGACAACAUGACGUGCCACGUGUGCAUCCGGGGAGACUUCCGGUCGGACGAGAUCUUCGUCUGCGCCGGGGUGGACGAGAUCGGCGGUGACGUCAUCACGUGCCAUCAACACAAACAGCUCAAACGGGGCGAAUGGGAUGUCGUCUACAACUUGCGUGUCGAAAACAAAACGGCAUGCCUGGAACUACGGCUCCAACGGAACUCCCUGUACCACAUGUGCACCACGGUGUCCCCGUCCAUUGUCCUCGUGCUGCUGAUGGGGAUCACGUUCUGUAUCCCCAUCGACAAGGGGGACCGGCUGUCCUACGGCAUGAGCAUCCUGCUCUCCAUGUUCGUGUCCCUGGUCGUCAUCAACGACUUCCUGCCGAAAGGCUCCAUCUUCCCGCUACUGGGAGUUUUGACCAUCACAGCCAUCAUCCUGAUGGGAGUGUUCAUGUUAGCCACAGCUGUGGUUAUUUCCCUCUCCGGUCGGGAGGGGGCGCUGCCUGCCUGGGCCAGGACCGUGUUCCUGAAGCACUGCGCAAUCGCCAUGCGUCUGGGGGAUCUAAGCAAAAAGCGCAGGAAAAAUGCUGAGGAACCUCCAACAGUCAACAACAUCGAAGCGACCAUCGCUUCAACCGCUUCCACUCCGGAGCGGAUGCCGUCCUUUUCUGUGGACAGGUUCAACCCGGAGGAGGAGCCGCGCAGGCGCCAGAACCUGAUGAAGAUCCUGGUGAGCACCAACACCGUGAUGUGGCGGAUCCAGAACACCCUGUCGGCCACACAGAACACCCUGCACAAGCUGAACAUGUGGCUGGGUAAGAACGAGGAGGGGAACAGCAGCGACAGCGGGGAGGAGAGCGAGUGGAUGCUGCUGUCUCGCGUGCUGGACAGGCUGUGCUUUGUGCUGUACUUCAGCUGUCUGUUCCUGACUCUUCCUAUCGCUCUGUAUUCGCGCCCUAACUAGACAUGGUGGUACAAUCAGCGCAAAUAAAUCGUUUUUUUUUCAAAAUAUGUUUUUGUGGGAGGCACUCCAACGCCUUUUCUGUUUUAGUAAUAUAUCAAUGAUAUGUAAAUAAUGUAAAUAUGAUAUCUAUGUUGACAGGUCCUUUGCAAACUUCAUAUAAAGUAUAUUUGUGUUGAUUAAAGUACACUUAGAUGUUGAAGUGCCUUAAGUUUGCAUGCUUGAUCAUGAUGUUUACAUUUCUUAGGUAUGUUAUCAAAAAGAUAUUUCCCACAUUAUUGAUAAUUAGUGUGCGUAGAACAAGGAUUUGGCCUAAGAGUCGUUUAGUUGUUGUUUUCUAAAAUGCAUGAAAUCUUAUGUUUGUGUUUUUGUGAAAAAGAAACACAUGCAUUCAAUUACAACUGUUAUCAAGGCAUAUAUAUCAAUAACGUAGUUUUCAACGGUUUACUUGUAUUUUGUAAGACAUAUGCAACCUGUACAUAAUACUUGUUGAUGAAUAAAGGUUCAUAUGCCUUUCAUAACGUCGACUGUGAUCAUUACGGAGAUG